AUUUUUUAGAGAUCACUCUUCAUUUUACCCUUGAACAUUGCAUUUCUGCGAUUUCAGUGGUGGGCUUACUCCCAUAUAGUUGAAGAUUGCGAUGGUUACGGCAUAUCACCGGUGCAUCCUCAAGGCGGGAGUCCUGUCGCAGAAGCGGUCGGCGCUUCCACCGCUCAAGAGAUAUGUUGUCCUGUGUGCACCACUUUCUGUUCAGGAUGUUCAAGAGGUCUUUGCGGCAGUGUUCAAGACGGACCCCGCAACAGGCUUGGAAGUUAAGACGGUCCCCUGGCUUGGCAACGUUGCGUGCGCUGCAGUACGAGGCACACCUUUGUUGAUUAUAAUGUCAUCAGAACACUCUACGAGCUCACCUACUUUCAUUCACUUUUCCGACAUUCGAGGCAUGUCGGAUGAGUCGCAACUACGCUCAGCUUGUAAUUUUGCUGUUCAUAUUGACGUGAAACCGUAUGACUACCGAUUCGCUGCAACUUCCUCUACUGAAUAUCAAGAGUGGAAUGAAGCGUUUGGCAAAGCCAUGAGCAUCAUGGCAGAGCGAACAAUGGGUGACCUGAGAGAUGGUGCUGCUAGCCCUACUCUUGAUGCUGUCUUUGAAUUUGAGCGAUUAAAUAAAGCAAGUCAGCAGCCUCCCGUAGACGAGGAUGAUGACGACAACACUCCCUUGGGUCAUGUGGGACGUAUUAAUACAUCGCUCCGAGCCACGUCCCCGCCAUCACCACCUAGCCCGCUUUCCAAACCAAGACAAAAAACACAUGUUCUUCCAGAGAAUGUAGCUCCGCCCAGCUCCUCCAGAACUUAUGUCUUGGGUCAAGACGUACCUCAAUCACCUGUAAAGGCAUCUCCAGGGAGCGUAACGUUUGACACUGCGGAUCGUCCCCCUUCGGUGCGCCCGUCAUCAAGUUCGACCGCCAAAUCGUCAGGGACCCGUAAUUCCAGUGGAUCCAGCAAUAGCAGAGUCCCACCUCAGGACGUAGUACCCACUAAUGAUGCUUCUGAUAUGGAACAAUAAGCGCUGGUCGCUUAUCUUUUAGUUAAUUAGUUAUAAUGUGUCGUGUUUUUGUAAUGGUUAAUUUUGUCGCUUAAAUAUUACAAGUGUUUAAUGUCCAA